UUCGGCUCCAUCUCGCUGGGGGCGGGGGGGAGUGUCGACCGGCUUCGCGCGGCUCUGUGCGGGAAGGAGCAAUCCCGUUAUUUCAAGGUUAUCGUCGGCGGGGCCAUACCUACUCGCAUGCAAUGGGCCUUUUGAUAUUCGCAGUGGCGCUCUGGGCUGCUGUCGGGGUGGGAAGUCGUCCAGCCGCCCUGCCCCUAAACAAUCUGAAGAUGGAAUGUAUAGUCCAGGAGACGCUGAACGGAGCCGGGUCUGACCAGCGCUGUGCUACUGGACUCGCAGAAGAACUGAAUGAGAUGCAGAGGCACCAUGGUCUGCUCCGAGAGCUACAGGACCUGGCGGAUGAGGAGAGUGAACGGGAGAGAGAGACCGAGAGGGAGAGAGAGAGGAAGGGCUACGGGUACAACCUGGCCGACGACGAGAGCGACGACGAGAGGGACCAGGAGGAGGAGGAGGACCAGGAGGAGGAGGAGGACCAGGAGGAGGAGGAAGAGGAGCCCAGACGAUUGAGCAAAUACCACAAACACGGAAAAGAGAAGGACGAGGAAAAGGAGGAUGAGGCUGAAAGAGAUCAGACAAACGAGGGGAGAGAGAUGGCGGAGGAGGAGGGCCAUAAGGCGGGCGACGAGGAGCGAGCUAGGGAGCUGGAGGAGCUACUGGCGGAGGAGAUCGGGAGGAGGAGGGACGGAGGGAAGCGCAGCGAUGGGGAGCUCCAGGACCUGCUCAGGGAGCUGAAGAAGAAACGCUACGAGGCGGCCGAGAAGAAGAAGGAGGCGCAAGAGGGCCAGGGCUCCAAGGAGAGCAUGGGCAAGGAGAAAGGGAAGGAGGAGAAGGAGGCGGGGGAGGAGGGCGAGCGCCGGAAGACGGAGGCGGAGCUCCUGGAGGUGGAGAAGGAGAAGGUGGAGCGGGAGAUGAAGGAGCUGCUCCUCCGGCAGCAGGACAGCCGCAGCAAGGCGGAGCAGGAGAAGGAGCGGCGGGAGAAGCAGGAGGAGCUGGACGAGCUCCUGCACAAGAUGAAGACGGUGCAGGAGGAGGAGGGCAAGGAGGAGGAGGAGGGCGCCACCGUGAAGGAGGAGGUGAAGAAGACGGAGGCGCAGUCGGAGAUGCAGUCGGAGCUUAAGGAGGAGAAGGAGGAGACGAAAGACAAGGAGGAGGAGGCAGAGGACAAGGUGGAGAAGAAGGAGGAGGAGAGAGAAGAGGAGGAGGAGAAGAGUGACCAGGUGGAGGAGAAAAAGCCCAACGUUGAAGUGGUGGUGAAGAAAGAGGCGGGGGGGGAGGUGGAGGAGGAGAAGGAUCCCCCGAAGAAGAGGGUGAUGGAGAAGGCGAGCGACGAGGCCACGCGGCAGUUUGAGUGGGAACACUACGAGGGUGAAGAAGACGAGCGGGAGGAGGAAGACGAGGAAGGGGGUGAGGAUGAGUAUGUCCGAGAGGACCAGGGGGAAGAGGAGGAGGAAGAUGGAGACGAAAAAGACAACGGCGAUGCCAAAGAAGACGACGCAGAGGAGCUGCUGGAGAUAGAAGUCGAGCUGCGCAGAGUCGCCGCGGAGCUGAGGCAACUUCGUAGAGGAUAAGAAACACAUACAUGCACACAAACACACACACACACACACACACACACACACACACACACACACACACACACACACACACACACACACACACACACACACACUCACAAACACACACACACAGGUACACGUUAAUUUGCCACAGAUGUUCUUGUUCCAUGUCAGCGUUCACAAUGCCUCACAGACGUGAUCCUUUAGGAUUCUGUAUGGGUUAAGUGUCGGUAGAAAAUAAAUAGUAAUAAUGAUUUUAUGACAAUCUGAAGACAGAAGUGAUAAAGUUUCAGUACAUCUGUGCCGGUUACAACAUGGAUGCAAAGCAUUUAGCACUUUGAUUUUGAAUUGCCAUGUUUAAAACAUUAUCUUGGGACAUUACUAUAAUGUAGUAUGGCUAUUAUAAAAUUUUGGGACAUUUUCUCCGACAUUUAAUGUACAUAUAUAUAUACAAAUAUAUGUAUAUAGGUAUAUGUAUGUGUGUGUAUACAUAUACAUCUACUUUGAAUAUACCUUUUUGUGCAAUAAUGGAAAACUGCGUGUUAACUAGUUUUGCUGUUCUGACUGUUAACGUAAGCAAUGUGUAGGCCUAUUUAUGUCGUUUUGAACAAUGUUAAUCGAUUGAACAAUAUCUCUCCCUGUUUUGUUCCAAUUGAAGUUGAGGGUUGUGUUUUAUCUGACUCAUGCACUGUUUAAACCAGACUGUUUCGGACGAUCAGCGAUGACACAGAGAGAGAGCGUCAGCUGGUCAACGUGACCUCGUAGAUUCAAAAGGCUGAUGGGAAAUUGUAUCAACCUAAUGGCGUUCAAAUGCCUGGACGUCAUGCGCUAAGAGCUUAAUAAGGUUGCAAGGUGUCACUUCAGGUUCUCAGCUAGCUUUGCACUCUUUAUAUGAACAAGCCACGGAGCACUAGAGAAGUAGGGGAGACACUGAAGCCAUUUGUUGUCAUUUAAUAAUGAUAACGGAAACAUUGUCAAAUUGCAGCGAUGACUGUUACAUCACCGUGUGUGGGUAUCCCUUUAUGUAAAAGCUCGGAGCAUUGUUGCCUGUCUAAGCCAAGGUCAAAUGUAAAUAAGUAGCAACAGUGCCCCCAGGUGGACAUUUGUUGGGAAUUCACUUUGCACAGGAAAUAGCAUUGGAGGGCCACAUUACUGUCUGCAAUAAGAUGUAUUGGCACGUGAAUGCAAUAAUCAGCCAAAUACAUCACAACAAAUCUUUGGUGUGUUUUAAUAUGUAAUCACAAUGCAUCAUAUGGUUCUAAAUGUAAUAUAUUUUCUAUAAAAGAUUACAAGUCAAUAUAUACAAGAUUAGUGUACAAUACACAUUUGUGUAUUGAACACAGAAAAGUUACUUUGUGGCUUGUAUUAAUACAUGGUUAAUCAGUUACAACACAUUUUACUAUUCCUCUUCCAAAGAUCAUCAGAUAUUUGUUAAUUCGGGAUAAACCUAAGAACUACUCGAAUAAAUGUAACAUGUAUGUUUUUUUCCACACAAAUCUGCAAAACUGUUUCAAAUAUUUUCACAAACCAGCAACAAAAUACUGCAAAGGAAAUGUUGAGUGGAUGGGAUGAGGGCAUAGAGGACAUUUAAAAAUACGAAGAAAACAAUAAAAAAAAAACUUGCAAUAUCACUGGCCAAUGUGAGUGCUGUAUUUUGUGCCUGUUGUCUAUUCCUCUAUGCUAAUUGUUAAUAAAUACAAAUUGUGAAUUA